GUCACAACGGUCCGCCGCCUCGUCGACCGCUCUUGCAAUUUCGACAGGGCCUUGACAGGACUGGGGUCGACCGCUGUCUGACCCACCUCGUUGGCAACGGUUUGGUCGCCGCGGGCCUCUCCACUGACGACGCUACAGUGUGAACGGGCGUCGUGCUGAAUCUCGCCAACCGCUGGCUACUCUUACAUAGACACUGCAGGCCGCCCGGAGUCCUGGCGCAUCGUACCUGCCACUACCCGUCCUCUAUCGUGGACUACACCCAGCCUUCCCAUCUCGUCAUCACUUGCUCACCUUUCACCUAAUCACCUCCUUAGCCCCAACACCCACCCAAGUACCACAGUACCUCUACGUUACGCAGCCUCUGCUGUGCCUCGUGACUUGAACCUUCUCCAUGGCAAUGCAUCUUGCCAGCAUGGUACACGGCAGCGUACGGGAGCGCGAGGCGUUCCAGCAACCACCGCAGUCGGCCUACUACCAGCAACCGCAGCCUCGUGGGUACCCUGUAUCCACCGCCGUUGGUCCCAAUCUCUACACCGCACACCCACAGCAGGUCGAGUACCAGUACCAGCGACAACGGCCCCAGUCACCGCCAUCGCCGCCUGCCGAGGAGCAGAAGCCGUCGCUGCCUUCAAUCUCCAGUCUCCUGGAAUUUGCCGGCGGUGAGAAGUCCGCCUCAGAAGCCGCAGCUGGACAGAGUCCCACAUCACAACACAGACAGUCGUCCUCGCCACAAUUGGGCCAGACACAACAGUCCACUGGCAACAUGCAAAGGCCGCAGCAACCCUCAUCCUACGUCGCCGCCCCAUCAUCAACCACCAACGCUCGAAUGACCCUUCCUCCCACGCCACCAAUGCAUCCAGACGCCGCUGGUGACGGUCAGAGGUCGCCUUCCUCCGCCUCGACUCACUCGGCCGCCUCAGCAGCCUACUUCAUGGGCGCCUCGCUCAACAACAUGGAGCCCCACCACCAGCGUCAGACUCUGUCAUCAAUGCCACCCGUGAAGCGAGACUCCAUUCCUACGCACUCAAUGUCUCCAUACGGCAGCUCCAUGUACGCCCAAUCGCCCUAUCAGUCAUCCCCAGGCAACGGAUCAGCGAAUUCGUUCUACUCGCCUGAGCAGCACUCUUACAACAGCGCCGCCAUGUACGCUCAGCGACCGUUGCCUUCGAACUACCAGCCCACAAUGCCGCUACCAAUACCCCAGCCCAGCGCCAACGGUCACAGCUCAAACCCCUGGCAACAUCACCACUACAUCAGCACGUCCAGCCAGUCAGCGUUCCCUCAGUCUCAGGACCGAUAUAUCUGCUCGACCUGCAACAAGGCCUUCUCGCGGCCCAGCAGUCUGCGCAUCCACAGCCACAGCCACACUGGUGAGAAGCCUUACAAGUGCCCCCAGGCAGGUUGCGGCAAGGCUUUCAGCGUGCGAAGUAACAUGAAGCGCCACGAACGCGGGUGUCACGCCUCGACCAGCACAACCAUCACGACAUAACGACUCAAAAAGCUAAUCUCGACUGUCAUCUCUCUCUCGGCGUUGUUUGGCCCAGCCUCCGAUGCCAAUAAUGUAUACUUGGAAUCAGCAAGGCGGAACUUGUUCGUUUGGCGCGCGUUGCCAUCGAUGGCAGUGUCAUCACGGCCUUUGUAUUGGCGUUCUUGGAGACGUUUGUUCACUAGCAUUUACACCGGCGUCGCGACACCUUUUGCCUUUCGCCCCACGGCGAGGCCACCAUUUCGAGAGUCUCACUUACCUACGCCACCACCUGUUUGGUCAGGCGCUUUCUGUUCUUCUCUGUAUUAUAGUAGUAUUUCAACACAGCACUUAGGUGCUCCGACAAAUGUCAACACCAUGUUCAAAGUUCUCGAAAUUAUCUC